AGCAUUCUACUUCCACAAGUUUAAAAGAAAUUAUCAAGUAUAGCAAAAGAAUAUUAGAAAGCAACGAGGAAGAAAAGGCGUUUAAAUUAGCAGUUCAUUUAGCCCAUGAUUUAGAUACUAUUUGCGACCCCAAUAAAGCGGGUUAUGUUAAAGACGAGGAAGAAAAGAAACAUUGA